UCCCUCUUUCUCUCUCAUUUCUUAUACUCAAAAGGAAGAACAUACCUAAAAAUGGCAUCCAAUAUUGUGCACAACAUUGCUGCUCUCACUAACCAAUUAGAUGCAACCAGAGGCAUAGCCAGGUCGCAUGUAAAGCUUGGCAACGGAAUUGGGUCACCCACUUUCACGCCAGCAAAGAAGCCUACGCCAGCAUUAAAGAUGCAGCCUGUAAUUGAUGAUCACCACAAGAACUCUAAACAAACAAUUCAUGAAGGAAAGUUUGGGAAAUUUGGUGGGAAGUUUGUGCCCGAAUCUCUAAUCACUUGCUUGGCCAAAUUGGAAGCCGAGUUCAACUUGGUUUUGAAUGAUUCCAAAUUUCAGGAGGAGCUGGAGGUGGCGCUGAGGGACUUUGUUGGACGAGAGACGCCGCUGUAUCACGCUGAGAGGCUGACAAGGCACUACAAAGACGAGGAAGGAAAGGGCCCUGAGAUUUACAUAAAAAGAGAGGAUCUGAACCACUGCGGUGCACACAAAAUGAACAAUGCAAUAGCGCAGGUUAUGAUUGCGAAGCGCAUGGGGCGGAGGCGUGUGGUUGCCGCCACUGGGGCUGGCCAGCAUGGUGUUGCCACUGCAGCUGCCUGCGCCAAACAUGAUUUAGAGUGCACCAUUUUCAUGGGCUCUGAAGAUAUCAAGAAGCAAUCCUCAAAUGUUGUCUUAAUCAACCUGCUUGGUGCUCAGGUGAAAUCUGUAGAAGGAAACUUCAAGGACGCGUCAUCGGAGGCGAUAAGAGAGUGGGUCGGGAACUUGGAAAUGAGCUAUUACUUGAUGGGGACAGUGGUAGGGCCGCACCCAUGUCCAGCAAUGGUGAGGGAGUUUCAGUCAGUGAUAGGAAAAGAGACGAGAAAACAAGCCAUGGAGAAAUGGGGAGGCUUACCAGACGUGCUUGUGGCUUGCAUAGGGAGUGGCUCAAACGCGUUGGGACUGUUCAAUGAGUUCAUCAAAGAAGAAGAUGUGAGGUUGAUUGGAGUUGAGGCUGCUGGGUUUGGGUUGGAUAGUGGAAAGCACUCAGCUACUUUGUCUAAAGGACAUGUUGGAGUUUACCAUGGAGCUUUGAGUUACCUUUUGCAAGAUGAGGAAGGCCAAAUCCUUGUCCCUCAUUCGGUCGGUGUAGGACUGGAAUACCCAGGAGUAGGACCAGAGCUGAGCUUCUUAAAAGAGAGUGGCAGAGCUGAAUUUCACACAGCAAUAGACAAAGAAGCAGUGGAAGCUUACAAACGAGUAUGCAAAUUGGAAGGCAUUUUUCCAUCAUUGGAAGCUUCUCAUGCCUUUGCUUAUCUCGACAAGCUGUGCCCCACUUUGCGCGACGGCUGCAAGGUGGUGGUCAACUGCAGUGGCCGUGGUGACAAAGACGCCGCCAUUGUCUUCAAUUAUUAACACUAUCAAGAACACUACAUAUUUUAAAAUAAUUACUAUUUAUAGCCCAAAAAAAAAAAAAAAAAAAAACAAACAUAUAGUUGAUAACAAAGG